AUGAUGCAUUUCAGGAAGAAGUCGAACGUCUCUGGCGACAGCGCCGAGAAGAAACGUAAUUCCAAGAUAGAAGUCUCUAAGGAGGAUGCUGCGCGUUUGAAGGUGCGUACUGCCUCUGUGGCCGAUCCGAUCUUGGAUGCUGUCCACGAAGCACAACCGUUCGAGCAAGCCGCGGAUACGUUCCACGAUAACAUGAAUAGACAGUCGUAUUUCUCACAAGAGGAUGGCCACGUCCUGCGCGAUGUGUUUGGACAACCAAUAACAAACCCUGAUAUUUCAAACCCAACUAGGGCAAGAGACGAGAGGCCGUUGGAUACGAUAAGGGCGUUCGAGUACGCUGUCUCCGGUGAUCCAGUCUGGGCUCAACAGUUGGAAACUCCGCAGUACGGGUUUAGGGUGAGACCGGACUUCCCAUCGUUCAACGGGAUGAAUCCAUAUGAUAACAACGGGAACUUGGUUGGACAAUCUAUGCCUAUGGCAGAACAAGGUGUCUACCAGGCACCAGUACAUCUCCCAGAUGAGGGUAAAAAGAAGAAGAAGAGAAAUUUCUUUGGUAGAAAGAAGAAGAAAUAG